UCUCUCUCUCUCUCUCUCUCUCUCUCUCUCUCUCUCUAUCUCUGUGUCGUCAAUACUCUUCUCAAUCUCUUCAACUUCAACAAUAACCAUUCAUUUCACUAAUUAUUGUUAUUAUUAUUAUAUUAUCACCGAUGGGGAAGCCGACAGGGAAGAAGCAUCAGCAUCAGAAUCAGCAGAAUCCUCCCUCGGCGACUUCACGGGCCGCCGGCCCAACUUCCAAGCCCACGCCGAAGCCCAAACCUGCCGCCUUCGACGAAGACACAGCGAUGUUCAUAACCAUGUCUCAGGAGCUUCGUGAAGAAGGCAACCGCCUCUUCCAAAAGCAGGACCACGAGGGAGCCAUGUUAAAGUACGAAAAAGCCCUCAAUCUUCUCCCACGCAACCACAUCGACGUCGCAAACCUCCGCACCAGCAUGGCCCGAUGCUACACGCGCCUCGGCCUCGGCGAGUACCCACGCGCCAUCCACCAGUGUAACCUCGCUCUUCAGGUCUCACCUAAGUACACUAGGGCUCUGUUGAAGCGUGCCAAGUGCUAUCAGGCUUUGAAUCGGUUGGACUUGGCGUUGAGGGAUGUUCGGGCUGUGUUGGGCCUCGAACCCAAUAACCUUGCCGCCUUGGAGUUCAUGGAGGGAUUGAGGAAGGUCAUGGAAGAGAAAGGGUUGGUUCUUGAGGAAGAACAGGAGGUAGAUUUUGGUUCUGGUGCUGGUGCCAAAGAGACGCCUGCUACGUGUUUGAAGAAAGUUCCGAGAGAGAAAUCACAGAAGAAGAAGAAGGGGAAGAGGGUUGAUGAUGAGGAUAAGGCCGUUGCGGAUAAGGAUAAGGAGGUUGUUGUUGAGGAGAGUGCGGAUGGUGAUGCCGUGCAGGACAAGGAAGUGGUUAGCAGGAUGGUUGAGGUUGAGGAAGAGAAGGUUGUGAAAGAGGAGAAGCUGGUUGAGGAAGAAAAGGUUGUGAAAGAGGAGAAGCUUGUGGAGGGAGAAAAGGGCGUCGCAAGGACGGUGAAGUUGGUGUUUGGAGAGGAUAUUAGAUGGGCACAGCUUCCUGCCAAUUGUAGUGUGAGGUUGGUGAGGGAUAUAGUUAGGGAUCGGUUUCCGGGUUUGAAGGGUGUUCUUGUGAAGUAUAGGGAUGAGGAGGGUGAUUUGGUUACGAUUACUACCACUGAUGAGCUGAGGUUAGCUGAAUCUGCUGUUCAUGAGAAUGGCUCAAUUCGGUUUUAUAUUAGUGAGGUUGAUUUGGACCAAGAGCCAUGUUAUGAUCGAGUAACCAAUGAGGGUGACACCCAAGAAGACGGUAGUAAAAGGAAUCUGGGCGAUAGUGUUCAGAAUGGGGGUGUGGGACAAGAUACGGUUUUGGAAAAUAAUAAUAACAAGAUGACUGCUAUGGAGGAAUGGAUUUUGCAGUUUGCACGGCUGUUCAAGAAUCAUGUUGGGUUUGAUUCAGACUCUUAUCUAGAUUUUCAUGAGCUGGCAAUGAGUCUCUAUGCAGAGGCAAUGGAGGAUACAGUAACAGGCGAUGAUGCUCAAGAAUUAUUUGAGAUUGCUGCAGACAAAUUUCAAGAGAUGUCAGCGUUAGCAAUGUUUAAUUGGGGGAAUGUUCACAUGUCCAAGGCAAGGAACAGGGCUUUCUUUGCAGAGGAUGGGUCAAGAGAACCUUCUUUCGAGCAUGUUAAAGCUGCAUACGAGUGGGCCCUAAAUGAGUACAAGAAAGCUGAGAUGAGGUAUGAGGAGGCCUUGAAGAUCAAACCGGAUUUUUUUGAAGGAUAUCUUGCUCUUGGACAUCAGCAGUUUGAGCAAGCAAGGCUAUGCUGGUGUUAUGCGUUGGCAUGCAAAGUGAAUUUAGAAGCUGGUCCUUCCGAGGAGGUUCUUCAGCUCUACAACAAGGCAGAGGACAGCAUGGAGAAAGGGAUCUUGAUGUGGGAGGAGAUUGAAGAGCAGCGUUUAAAUGGACUAUCCAAAUCCGAUAAAUAUAGAGCGCAAUUAGAGAAAAUGGGCAUGGAUAGGCUUCUCAAGGAUAUCUCGUCGGAUGAAGCUUCAAAGAAGGCAACAAAGAUGAAGUCACAAAUAUAUCUUUAUUGGGGUACCCUAUUGUAUGAACGUUCUGUUGUGGAAUAUAAGCUAGGCCUACCAACAUGGGAGGAAUGUUUGGAGGUUGCAGUCGAAAAGUUUGAGCUAGCUGGAGCUUCAGCAACGGAUGUAGCUGUCAUUAUAAAGAAUCACUGCUCUCAUGAAACAGCACUUGAAGGGUUCAAAAUUGAUGAGAUAGUACAGGCAUGGAAUGAAAUGUAUGAUGCUCAAGGCUGGCUGUUUCGUGCUCCAUCAUUUCGACUUGAAGCAUUGUUUCGUCGGCGCAUUCCUAAACUACAUUACAUCUUGGAGCAACUUUAAGUUUUCUUCUUCAGUUUUCUAUUCUUUAGAGGCAUCAUUAGUGCUUCCAUUAUAUUCAUAAUUGUGAAGGCUGCUUCAUCACAUUCUAAGACAGGGAUAUUUUUUUCUCUCCAUACUGCUUUGAUUUAGCUGAUUGAUGGUACUAUUUUUUCUGAUGCCAGUUUUGCAAAGGUUGGGGUUUUAUGCCAGAAAGGCUGGUCAUAUUUAUUUUCUGUUAGGAGUGAUUUGAUGUGAGGUUCUCAUUCUUUUGUGUUGUAACAAUUAUAUGUGAUGAUUCCAUAUGUUGUUUAAUGAUAGUGAGCAAUUUGAUUUGUUCAGUUUGCACCCUCUUUUUUUAGGAGGGAGGAACAAAAACAGGGAAAAAAGUGAGAAUUGUAAGUCUUCUAGUUAAAUUAGUUGAGUGAAUGUUGUCAAAUUAUUGUUUAUAAGUGUAACAUUUCAUGGGUACUAUAUAGCAGAUUGCAUUAUUCAUCA